AUGCGGCGGAAUAAAGCAGUUCCCUGGAAUGUCGCAAUCGACAUGUCAAAUGCGAUGGGCAAAAGCCGACAUGUCAACGCUGUGAGCGGACCGGGGUAUCUUGCGUAUGGCAAGAAAAUCCCUCGGGCUUCCGACAUGGCUCUAGUGCGAGUGCCCGUGGACUACAAGUACGUGGAUGAAACGGCCGAUAUAGCCCGAGGCUACACUCAAGGCGAGGGAUGCAAUGCAUCACCAUCCCCGCCCUUGGCUCCCGAGAGGCGUGCGAGCGAAAGGUCUAUUGACCAUCGGACCCUGACCGAGCCAUCGAUUUCGAGCGAUCCUGUGGGCUCUUAUUCGUCCGAGCGUUGUCUGCCGCCGCCGAAUCGGCCCGAGAGUAGCCAUUUGACUGGGUAUUCUCCAUAUUCCUUGCAUUUGUCCCCGAGACAUCAUUCUUCUAUCUCAUCUGCUUCACCUCAAUUCUCUCAUAGCAGUCAGGCCUCACCUGGGACGACUAGGGACCUGAUCUCCCAUACUGAUAAUGCGUUCGAUUACGGACCCUCUAAUCUGAAUGAACAUGAAGCUUGUUUGAUGCGCUACUUUGUCGUUGAACUUGCACCUUGGUUUGAUUUAUGCGAUGGAGAGAGGCAUUUUGCUUGCACAGUACCCCUCCGUGCUCGAACGUGUCCACCUUUACUGAAUGCUAUCUUUACGGCCUCGGCAAGACACCUGAGCCGAGUCAAAAAAUACUACAAGGGGAACCAAGUCCAUUAUGGUGGCAAGAUCCUUCCAAAUCUCACACCGGAAACCGCCAUUCACUACCACAACCAAUGUAUAGCACACUUUGUCUCUCUGUCAGACCAUUCCCACGAAGCGGCGGAUGAGAAUCUUCUCGCUGCAGCCGUCAUCCUCCGCUUCUACGAAGAAGUCGACAUGCAAUCCAUGGGUGAAGACUCCGAAAGUGCCCUCCGCGGUAUCCAAAUAUUUCUCGAUGCCCAAGCAAUAUCCGCCGUAGCAGGCUGCGGUCUGCGUCAUGCAGCAUACUGGAUUGCCCUCCGCCAAGAAAUCAUUACAGCCUUCAGCAAACAAAGAACCUUCCGCCUCCCUCUCGGUCCCUGCGAACCCUACCGUACCUUUGAACCGGCCGAUGACUACGUUUGGGCCGAUCGACUGGUGAUCCACUGCGCCGACGUGUUACAGUACUGCUUCGGGUCGGAAGAAGAGAAUAUCCCACGGGACACAUACCAGUCAAGUUCCAGCAUGGGCGUGAUAUACCCACCGCCAGCCACGGAUAGGCGCAUCGCGCGCUACGAGGAGCUAGUCGCAUUCGAUACACUCUGGGCGGAAAUGGGCCCGCCUAGUUUUAAACCCAUCUACACACGGGAACCGGAUCGCUCGCGCGGCGAGGUCUUUCCCGAGAUAUGGUAUUUAAACGCCUGCCAUGUCGCGGGGCUGCAAUUCCUCGAGCUGGCGCGCAUCUUGCUCACAGUAUACAAUCCAAAACUACCCCGACUAGGACCCGGACAGCGCACUGCAAUGCGUACGGUGGAUCGGGAGGUACGAGCAAUUGUAUUGAGGCUUUGUGGUACGGCGCUUUCCAAUCAACAUAGCCCGCCGGGACUGGUGAAUGCAUUCGUAGCGGUUGGGAUGUGCGGUGAUCGAUUUACGGAUCGAUUGGAGCAGGAGGCUCUUCUUGGUUUGCUGGUCAAAUUGGAGGAUGAGCAUGCGUAUCCGACGACGAGUACGCGGGAAUUGCUGAAGAGGGCGUGGGGAUGGGAUGGGUAUGAUGCGUCCGAAUAG